GCACUCGUAUUCCCGUUUGCCUCUAGGGUGUCCUGUUCGGGACCACCUUAGAAACCGUCGAACAAGGUGGAUUCCGCCCAAGAAAUCGUGGCAUCUCCCGGUGCCUUACAAAACGUCACGUCCUACCUCAACGGGGCGUUGGCUAACCUCUCGUCUGCCUUUCAAGAUUCGGGCGAAUACAUAUCAGACACUCUCGGCGUCCCUCCAACCCUCGUUUACAGCAGCCUCGCUGUUCUAGUCGCAGUACCUUUAACAAUGUCGAGAUACGGCUGGUCUAUUGGCCGCGAACAGAUUUCGCCUUACAGUUCUAUGCCCAGCGGCGUCCCCGCUGUCACCGACGACGAUUUCAGCUACAUCACCUCUCAAGAUCUUGAUGGCGUCACCGAGGAACGAUACUAUCCCAGAUCUCACUCGACCGCACCCCCACCAGCUCCAGAAGACGAUAUCCUCCUUAUCAAAAACCGCGGCAUAACAUAUCCUGCUCACUUCCCCGCCUAUGCGAUCGGAGAUGGCAAGCUGCGGGUGAUUGAUGUCAAGGAUCGGGUUGGGUUGAUGAUGGAGCUUCCUGAACGCGGAACUUCACGUAUUAAGCUCCUUUACAAGGGAAAGCAACUCAAGGACCCCAUGGCGCCAGUACGAGAUUAUGGUGUUAAGAACAACAGCGAGUUGAUGGCUGUCAUGCCCGAGGUUGGUGAUGUCAGUAGUGGUUCAGAGGAGGAAAUGGUUAUCGUCGAUGCCCCUCGAGACGACAGAAAAACACGCCGCCGCAAGAACAAGCGCAAUAAGAAGAAGGGUAUCGCUAGUGAUGGUGAUUCUCUGUCAGGCAGUCCUCGCGACAGUGCCUCUACCUUUGAUCACCCCAGAUCUCCUCCAGCACCACCUGCAUCCACAGGAGCUACUAGCGGCCCCAUGAAGGUCUUGGACGACCUGGCUGUUGAGUACCAGAUCAAGUGGUUGCCAUUAUCCGCCGAAUACAUUGAAUCACCACCUUCAGACCCCAAGAAGAGGGAGGAAGAUCACCGCAAACUAUCUGAGAGCAUCAUGAUGCACAUUAUGCUGAAGUGCGACGGUGUCGAUGCUGAAGGAAUGCCUGAGGUCAGAGCGCGAAGAAAGGAAUUGGUCAGACAGGUCCAAAAGACCUUGAAGGAUUUGGAUGUUGCAAAGGAUUCUUAAGCCCUCAUACAAGCAAAGGCGUUUUAUGAUAUUAUUGGAGGUGGACUGAAAAGAUUGUCUAAUUUGAGUGCGCUUGGCGUUACUGGGAACGACUUAUCGACUACCAUUGAUUGCUCUUGAUAGAACAAGCUGUACAAUAGAUUCAAGGAACGAUAUAGCCUUGACGAUGAUGACAAUGAUAGACAGCAUCUGAGCAGAUUGUCAUAAUAA